AUGUCGUGCGCGGGAAAGAGGUUGCAUGGAUGCGAAGUGAUUAUUUUGGUUGCGCCACCACUACUUCAGGAUCGUGAACAAGAAGCAUCUGGAUGGCAUGUGGUGGUUGUCCUUGCCAAAGACCCCUCCCUUGUUUCAUUGUCGUCAAUCAACAACGCAUCACUUUUCAUUUCCAUUGCCCUAUCACUUGCCAUUGUUGUUCCUCUCGCUGUCGUUGUUGCUGUUGUUCAUUUUCUUGUUCUUAUUGUUGUUGUCCUUGUUCCUACUCGUGCCUUUGCCUCAAGUCCUGCUGCUACUGCUAUUCGUAUUUUUACUGUUUUU